ACCAUCAUCGGGGUUCUGGACACCUCCGCCUAAGGACCUGACCUUGAGGUAGCCAGAGGCACCAUAGCCAUUUAAUCUACGAUUUACCCCGCAACUAAUCAACAACAACGACAAACAACGACAAACAACAUCAAACAACAUCAAACAACAAUCACCACACAGCCACCAAAAUGACGGUCUCAUCCUUAACUCACCCCCCCUUCGCCCACGAGCUCCUGAUUGCCCAACUCGCGGUGCAGCGCGCGGCGCUGGUGACGAAGCGCAUCCUCGCCUCCGUCAACGCCGCCGCCAGGAUCACAGCCUCCCCGCCGACGCUCUCCCCGUCCUCCUCCGACCUCGACACGUGCGCCUCUCCGGCCUCCUCACCAGGCGACCACACCACCACUACCCGCUCCUCUUCGAUCUCGCAAUACCUUCACCCCACCACAGCCGCCUCCUCCUCCUAUUUUCCCGCUUCCACCUCUCCUUGGACUCCCCUCUCCCCUCACUCUCCCUCAACCUCACCACCACUACCAGCAGCGGCAGCAGGAGAUCCACAACAGCAGCACGAGCACCAUCACCAGCUUCUUCCUCAGUACUCAGCGGCGGGCGAGGCGGAGGCGAACGCGAACGCGAACGAGCCGCCGCGGCGGCUGUCGGUGGCCAAGCGGGACGCGUCGCCCGUGACGGUGGCCGACCUGGCGGCGCAGGCGCUGCUGGUCGCCGCCCUGCGCGCCGCCUUCCCGGCGGACGCGGUCCUGGGCGAGGAGGACGCGUCGGCGCUGCGCGCGGACCCGCUCCUUGCCGCCCGCGUCUGGGACCUCGUCGACGCCGCCCGCCUCGAGGACGAGGCCAGCGAGCGCCUCCUCGGCCCCCGCCCCCGCGACCUCGCCGAGAUGAUGGCCCUCAUCGAGUUCGGCGGCGGCGGCGGCGGCGGCGAAGGUGGCGGUGAAGGUGGUGGUGGUGGUGGUGGUGGGGGGGGGGGAGCAAUGUCGGCAGAGGAGGCGCUCGCGGCCGGGAGGAGGGUAUGGUGCCUCGAUCCGAUCGACGGCACCAGCGCGUACAUGCAGGGCGGGCAGUACGCCAUCUCGCUGGCGCUCCUGGAUUGCGGGCGGGAGGUGGUGGGCGUGCUGGGGUGUCCGAACUGGAGGUUUGAGGAGGGCUUGCCGGCGGGCCAGUGGCGGGUGCGGGAGCACGCCGUGGACGAGGACGGGAUGGGCCUGAUGCUGUCGGCCGUCCGGGGCCAGGGGGCGACGGUGCGGCCGAUGGGUCCGGGCGUGCUGCGGGAGGGCAGGAGGUUGGACCGGGGCCGCGGCAAGGCGACGGUCGACCUGCGGGACGUGCACUUUGUCGACUCGGAGAAGAGCCCGGCCACGCUGACGGAGAAGGUGCGGGAGCUGGCGCGGCUGGCCGGCGCGUCCCACCGCGGCACCAACCUCUACUCGUCCCACGUCCGCUACGCCGCCGUGGUGCUGGGCGGGCGGGAGUUUGUCCAGCUGCGCUGGCCCAAGCCCGAGAAGGGCCCGUGGUCCAUCUGGGACCACGCCGGCUCCCAGCUCAUCUACACCGAGUCCGGCGCCGGCAAGGUGACGGACUUGUAUGGAAAGCCCAUCGAUUUCACUGCGGGCUGCAAGCUCUCCAACAACCGGGGCCUGAUCACGGCGGAUGAGAGCAUUCAUGACCAGAUUCUGGCCUUGGUCGAUCGCAUGAGGAAUGCCGAGGUUUAGGAGAGGGAGAAGGGGGGGGGGAGGGGGGAGGUGUUUGCACGACAAAACACAAGACGACCCGUGUUGCUGCACAUUUGGAUGAGUGAUGAUUGCAACGGGAAAAUGGUCGAUUAAUAAUGGGAUCUAAUUA